UUGACCUGUACUCAAUGAUGUGCGUCCCUGUCUUCAGCAAAUCCAGCUCAUCGGUUGUGGCUCUGGGCUGUGCCUUCAACAAGCGCGGAGGACAACAGUACACUGAGUCAGAUGAGCAUGUGAUCCACCACUGUUUUACCUACACGUCCACAGUCCUGACCAGCACGUUGGCCUUUCAGAAACAGCAGAAACUCAACUUCGAGUGUCAGAUAUUACUGCAAGUGGCCAAAAACCUCUUCACACAUUUAGAUGACGUGUCUGUUCUGCUGGAAGCUAUCAUAAAGGAAGCUCGGAAUCUCAGCAACGCAGAGAG